UGAUUGUGCCACUACAAAAACAGUGUUAAAAUUUUGCGUUUUGCGUGGUUUGUUCUGCUCUUUUUUGGAAAAGUGUUGUGACAAAGCAAUCCUUAGCUUCGAUUUAUACAUCAGGGCAGUUUAUUGCGCCUGUUUAAGCGAAAUCAUGAGUGCGGUACAGCAAAGUCCGGCUGCAGGAAAUCUACAAAUGGCGUCGCACACGGAGAAGGUUUUGCAGUGGAUAAAUGAACUGUCCAAUCCUGAAACGCGUGAAACGGCACUGUUGGAGUUGAGCAAAAAGCGCGAGACUGUCUCCGACCUGGCGCCGAUGCUGUGGCAUAGCUUUGGAACCACAGCUGCGUUGCUGCAGGAAAUCAUCAACAUUUAUCCCUCUAUCAAUCCGGCAACUCUGACGGCACACCAGUCGAACCGGGUGUGCAACGCGCUGGCCCUGCUGCAGUGUGUGGCAUCGCAUCCGGAGACACGGUCGGCGUUCCUGUCCGCACAUAUUCCCCUGUUCCUCUACCCGUUCCUACAUACUACCUCUAAGACGCGGCCCUUCGAGUACCUUCGGCUGACGUCGCUCGGAGUCAUCGGAGCUCUGGUGAAGACCGACGAGCAAGAGGUCAUCACGUUCCUGCUUACGACCGAAAUCAUCCCGCUGUGCCUGCGGAUCAUGGAGUCGGGCUCGGAGUUGAGCAAAACGGUGGCCACGUUCAUACUGCAGAAGAUUUUGCUGGAUGAUAGUGGCCUAUCGUACAUCUGCCAUACGUACGAUCGGUUCUCACACGUCGCAAUCAUUUUGGGUAAAAUGGUGAUAUCGCUCUCGAAGGAACCGUCCGCACGACUGUUAAAGCACGUAGUUCGCUGCUAUUUGCGUCUCUCGGAUAACCCACGCGCUCGUGAGGCGUUGAGACAAUGUCUGCCGGAUCAGCUGCGCGAUGGGACGUUUUCGGCCUGCCUGCAGGAGGACAAAUCUACCAAGCACUGGUUGACGAUGUUGCUGAAGAAUCUCGAUACCGUCCCGGUGCCCGGUGGCGAUCCGCGUCAAGUUGGCAUCCAACCGUUGGCCUCCUAAACAUCGCAUCGUAUUCAGCAUCGGGUGGUAAAGCAAAAGAAACACCCCCCAAAAGGGCCCCUGUUCCUCCCCCCGGGGGCAUCGGGCAUCUUUGGUGGAUUUUCUGUGGCUGUAAUGUGUUACGCUGGCGCAAGGGCGCGUUUCGUGUCAGUUUUGUUAGGGUUAGUUUUAUAUACAUUUUAAAUAAGUUCAAUACAUCUACAAAAGUGUAAA